ACCUGACACCUUCAGGUAACUGGUCUCUGGAGGACCCCCUGGGAGGCUGGCAAAGGGGCGCCGCCCCACAUCUUUGCCUGAAGUCCCUGAGGGCUAAACAAGCCACUUGACAAACUUUGACAAGCACCAAAAGAGACUCGAGGACAAAUAAAUCAGAAGAGAGAAAAAGCGAAGGCUAAAGCCUCCAUGGCCUUUUUCCCCCCUGCUGUCGUUCCAGCUGUAGCCUGGGAUUAAUUAAGUGCUGCAAAGUCAGUGCCUGAGAGAGAAGGGGAAAAAAAAUGCUUUCUCUCUCUAAGGCAGGAGGACAGGAACCGUUCUCACCAGUGAGAAACCUUGGGAAGUGAGUCGCUCUCAUCGUCAGUGUUUGUGGAGGGACUGGAGGGACAGGGCUUUGCCAGGCUGGAGGAGGCUUGCCUUUCCGAAGCUGGAGAGGAUUUUCCGGGGGUUCGCCUUCCCCUGCCUGGGAAGAAUUUCCCCUCUGGUAGCAGCCGCCGCAGCAGCGCGACCUCCUCUUCUGGAGACCAGGGCAGAAUGCCUGUGCUCGAGCGCUACUUCCACUCGGCAGAGCUGGGCAGAAGGUGGACGGCCCCAGAAGGUGUGCUGCCCUCCUCCCUGGGCAGCCGGCCGGUGUGCCGGCAGGGGCCGCUGCCCUGGGACUUGCCAGAGAUGAUCAGGAUGGUAAAGCUGGUUUGGAAAUCCACAAGUGAGCUGCAGGCGACCAAACAGAGAGGCAUUCUGGAGAACGAAGAUGCUCUCCACAGCUUUCCAGGAGAUGUACGACUGAGGGGUCAGACGGGGGUUCCUGCUGAACGCCGCGGCUCCUACCCAUUCAUUGACUUCCGCCUCCUUAACAAUACAACACACUCAGGGGAAAUUGGCACCAAGAAAAAGGUGAAAAGACUGUUAAGCUUUCAAAGAUACUUCCAUGCAUCAAGGCUGCUUCGUGGAAUUAUACCGCAAGCCCCGCUCCACCUGCUGGAUGAAGACUACCUUGGACAAGCAAGGCAUAUGCUCUCCAAAGUGGGAAUGUGGGAUUUUGACAUUUUCUUGUUUGAUCGCUUGACAAAUGGAAACAGCCUGGUAACACUGCUGUGCCACCUCUUCAACGCCCAUGGGCUCAUUCACCACUUCAAGUUAGAUAUGGUGACCUUACACAGGUUUUUAGUCAUGGUUCAAGAAGAUUACCACAGCCAAAACCCUUAUCACAAUGCUGUUCACGCAGCCGACGUCACCCAGGCCAUGCACUGCUACCUAAAGGAGCCAAAGCUCGCCAGCUCCCUCACACCUCUGGACAUCAUGCUUGGACUGCUGGCUGCCGCAGCCCACGAUGUUGACCAUCCAGGGGUAAACCAGCCAUUUUUGAUCAAAACAAACCACCACCUUGCCAACCUAUAUCAGAAUAUGUCUGUGCUGGAGAAUCACCACUGGCGAUCUACGAUCGGCAUGCUUCGAGAAUCAAGACUUCUGGCUCACUUGCCAAAGGAAAUGACACAGAAUAUUGAACAGCAGCUGGGCUCCUUGAUCUUGGCAACAGACAUCAACAGACAGAAUGAAUUUUUGACCAGAUUGAAAGCUCACCUCCACAAUAAAGACUUAAGCCUGGAGGAUGUACACGACAGGCACUUUAUGCUUCAGAUUGCCUUGAAGUGUGCUGACAUUUGCAAUCCUUGUAGAAUCUGGGACAUGAGCAAGCAAUGGAGUGAAAGGGUCUGUGAAGAAUUCUACAGGCAAGGUGACCUUGAACAGAAAUUUGAACUGGAAAUCAGUCCUCUUUGCAAUCAACAGAAAGAUUCAAUCCCUAGUAUACAAAUUGUCCCUGGACCAUCACAAGCUGACUUUCCGAGUUUAAUUCCUUCAAUGCUUGAGAAGAAAGGAAUCAAAAAGCUAUUUUUAGUAAGUGAAAGCUAAAGUUAAAAUCAAAUUAAGAGAGAGAGAAUAGAUAUCACUGCCAGGCCUGAUAGGCAAAGCCUUUUUCUUUUUACAGCACCUGUGAACAGUCAGAACCUUGUUCCUGGAACGCUGACCUCCCCAUAACUCCCUGCUAGGCUGAGUGAAAAUCCUGCUCUGUUUCUACCUGCCUAAGGCUUCCCGCAAUGGGAUGUGGAGCGUGUCCUGCAAAGCUGUCACCAGGUAACAUGUUACCAGCCAACCAAUCAGAUUCAAGGUCAAGGUCAAGAGCACAGAUGCAGCCAUGAUCCACGGGACUCAUUCCACCAGGGGCUGCAGAAACAGCCAUGUCCAUGAAGCCAUCAUUUGCCAGUUAGUACCAAGAUAGGGAAAAAGGGCCACCAUUCAGCUCUGCAUUUCCCCUGAGUUCUGAUAUUUUUCUGAUCCACAUUUGUCAAAUUCAUAUAUGAAUGAGAAUGAGGUACAAUGUUUUAGGUUCUGGAAACAUAGUGGACUUACUUGUGAAAACUAUGGUCUUGCAUUUCAGGAUUGAAAGCCAGCAAGAACAAUAGAACAGUUCAGGCAGGACAACUGAGUGUCUAAAUCUAUCUGGAAAUAGAGGAGGAAAAAAAAAAAACCCACCACCCAUGGUUCCCAGGAACAGUCUUAUAUCUUUACAUAGUCUCCUCACGUUCAUUUUGUUAAGAUUUGUAUUCAGAAUCUCACUGAUACCCUAAUGCUUCUCCAUGUCUGAAUGCAAAGUCACUUUUUUCAUUUGUCCAUACUCCGUAUCAUCCAAUCAAAAUCAAAAGUGGGACCCCAGGGCUUCCCUGGUGGCGCAGUGGUUGAGUCCGCCUGCCGAUGCGGGAGACACGGGUUCGUGCCCUGGUCCGGGAGGAUCCCACAUGCCCGCGGAGCAGCUGGGCCCGUGAGCCAUGGCCACUGAACCUGCGCGUCCGGAGCCCGUGCUCCGCAACGGGAGAAGCCACAGCAGUGAGAGGCCCGCGUACCGCAAAAAAAAAAAAAAGUGGGACCCCCAGUGGUUUCCCAAGUAAAGGUCAGACAUGACUUUCAAAUGUACCCAGGAACCUAGCAGACACAUCGUCAAAUAGGCCAAGCCUAUGUAAGCAAUUGAAUUUAAAUCAAUUUUUUUUAAAGAAAAAUCUUUUAUUGCAAUAAAUAUAGUAUAUGCUGUUUCAUACCAACGAGGCAAAAUAGAGCUAUUUAUUCGUAUUUAUAUUUAAAGUAUAUUUUUAAAGAAUAGUUCAACUGGCAAAUUUUUAUUAUCCAAAUAUUAAUAUUAAAAAUGACAGAAAAUGUCUUAAGUGUGAAAAUCUACGUGGUGCCAAUAAGCAAAAUAUUUUGUAGUGUCCUUUAAUCUGUUUUGUGUGUAUGUAUG